UUCAGUGUUUUAAUUGCAAACAAAUCGCUCGAAAUAUUUAAUGGAUGCAGCGCCAGUGCCAUGUGGCCUAAACUACAACUGCUAGCGGCGACUUUGUCUGUCAUUGGCAUCUGUCUGCUAGCCACAGCCAAAGAAACCCACGCAUCUUCAUCGAAUUCUGGCAGCAGCAGCACCACCACUCUGCCACAGCCCCUGCAACCACCGACAGUGCCGCAAAAUGCGACUACGCCAACGAGCCACGAAAACAUUGACAGCAACAACUCCGAUGACGCCUUGACUGACAGCUUCAAAAAUGCGAAGGCGGAGACAGAGCCUGUGGUUUUUAAUAAACAGGAGUCGGGAGACGAGCUCAUACUGGAGGUCAGCACUGAUCGACCCCAUGCCAGAGAAGAGCUUAAGGAAGCGGAGCAGAAGCAACUGAAAGAGACAGCGAGCUCCCAACACUUUGUGGGCGUUCCUGCUUUUCUGCCCACCGCGCUGCCCAUGGGGCAAGAAAAGAGUGGCAGUGCCACAAAAUCGCCCACAAAUGGACAUGGCUAUAUACAAUUCGAUAUCAACGAGGAGAUGCCCAGGGAAACUGCGCGUCGGGAGAGGCUGUCCAAGUUGAAGAAGGACACGGUGAAUGACGUGCUAUCGAGUCUGUUUCCCAACGGCUUCUCGGACAUCUUUCGCUACAGCGGAAGGGAGGCAAUCACAGAGCCAGCCACAGAUGCGCCCAGCACCACAGCAACCACAACGAACAAGGCGGUGGUGCAUGCCACAACUCCUGUAGUUGCAAGUGCACAAAGUACAGAUCCUGUAACGUCAGCGCCCAAGAAUGAGACAUAUUACAGCUAUCAGACGAGCGUGUCGAAAGAGUAUCGACGUGAACUGGGACCGGGACACACAGAAAUCGUUGUGGAAAAGGUCAGCAGUGCGGAGAGGGAACCCUUCAGGGACGACAGCAAUCACAUCUCCCGGGAUGAACUACUGCGCAUCAAUCGCGCCGCAGUCUCAUCCCCAGUGCUGCCCAGUCUGCUGCUGCGACCCGAUUUCGAGAGCGAGGACAAUGAAACUCUCGUCGCCGCCGAGAGUGCACCCAUUGUCAUACUGGGCGAGCAGGAGACCGAGCUGGAUGAGGUCCAGCCGUUUGACGACAAUCAAAUUGCAGAGACACGUAACCUGGGCGAGAUGCUGUACCAGCAUCUAUUGCCCGCACCUCAACAUGGAGCGAAGUCUGAGUCAAUCUCCUAUCGGAAUCAAAAGGGACCCGCCGAACAGCAGCAGAUCAAUGUGCACAUUGUCCACGAUGAAUCCCUAUCCAAGGCACAACAGCAGCAGCAGGAGGAGAAACCCAAGACACAGCCACAACAGGCUCUGGAUCACUAUCAGACGCACUCGGAGCAGCGCUUCCAGCAGCCGGAGAAACAUCACAAUCAGGAGGCACCUUCCAGACAUUUUCUUAAGACCUUCAAGCCCAUGGUAUCAGGCAGUGCCAACGGAUCCAUAGUCAAGGGCAGCUUUCACUACGAAUCUGGCACAUCGGCGCCACGCACAAACGUAAAACCAUCAAAGGAAGUAUCCUAUAAAAUGCAGCCAAGCUAUCAACGCGAGAUGCCUCAAACUCAACCGCAACCUCAACCUCAACCUCAACCUAAAGCUCAAGUGAAACUUCCACAAUCUCAGCUAAAUACUCAGGCUAUUGCUUCUCCGGCAUCAGAGCCCGCUGCUCCGGCGCACUCCAAUUAUGCUGGUCCCACGCCCAAUAGUUUGAUCUAUGUUACGGUCAACUCACAGAAUCCCGAAGCGCCUUCACCUGCCCCUCCUCAAGCCGAGGAGCAAGCGCAUCCACAGUUUUUCAAUGCACACGAGUACGUCUUGGAAGCCGUCGCCGAUGCUUCGCAGCAUAAUUAUCAGCAUGCACCGGCCCCCAAACCGAAUGCUCAGCCCGAAACGCAGCUGUUGGUUAAACCCAAUGGUUACACCUUUGUGGAGGUGCAGAAAUCAGUGAAUAUACACAACAAACUGAUUACGGAGAAGGACGGCCAUUUGGUUGAGAUGCACGAGACCAUCUACCACCAACCACCCUUCGAUCAGCAACAACAGAACCAAUUCUCUCUAGGUUACAGUCCCAAGGAGUUUGUGUCUGCUGAUGCACCAGAAGCAAUACCGAAACCUGCCCCACCUGCCACCAACUACGUGUCUCUGGCUGCGAACCCGAUAAAUGUGGAACAGGUAGAGUACGAUAGCUCACCACAAGAGGUUGCCAGCUCGCAUUCAUCAAUUCAGCUGGGUGUACCUCAUCAGGAUGGGACACAUACACAGAUACAUCACGAAGCACCACAUAAUGUUGAUGGUCAAGAUGUGUCACAUUUACCUAUACAUCAGGAAGUUGCUCAUAAUGUUGAUCUAACCCAUCAGGAGCUACCCCAUCAGGAGCUACCCCAUCAGGAGCUACCCCAUCAGGAGCUACCCCUUCAGGAGGCACCGCAAACCAUUGUUGUGGAGAAGCAUGUGCCCAAUUCGUAUCCCGUGCCCGUUGAGAAAAUCGUUGACCGUCCCUACAAGCAAAUUGUAGAGAAGCACAUCCAUGUACCAUAUCCAGUGCCGCAACCAGUGGCGGUACCCGUUCAUGUCGAACAUUACGUGGAUCGACCCUAUCCCGUGGAGACGUACGUCGAACAGCCUGUUCCAUAUCCGGUGGAGACAAUCAUUGAGAAGAUUGUUGAGAAGCCGGUGCCCGUUGAGGUCGAGCGCAUUGUGGAGAAGCCCGUCGAGGUUGAGAAGAUUGUGGAGAAGUAUAUUGAUCGACCGAUGGCCGUGCCCAUUCAUGUGCCCGUUGCCAUACACAUUCCGAUGCCACCUAAUCACUCGCCUGGCUUUAACUUUGGCUCCCAUCCAAACUCGUUGCAACCCUGGUCACAUGCCUCGAUCGGUCAUAUUCCGCCCAAGGUGCUGCAGAAUUACUACACACGCAUGCUAAAGAAACUCCUGCCCCAAUUCACAGCACCCAAAUCGGUGGCAAAGUCACCAGGAAAGACAUCAGUCCUUGUCAAGCCCCCGAUUCGACCUGUAAGGGGUGAGGCACCCCCGGUGGCCACCUUCAGUCUGGCUGAUAUGCGUUUUGAUCUGCGACCACCGCCUCCACCCCAAGGUUCACCUUGGCUUCAGGGCGCCCGCUACAUUUACAAUACACUACCCUCGGAUUUGGCCGUUGCAGCUGCCUCGGCGCCUGUUCAUAUGGUCAAGUCGUACAUUGGUCCUGUGCCGACGACCAGCGCGAGUAAGGAGAGCAAUGGCAGCGAAUUCGAUGAAUUCCAGCGCUGGCGCAAUGGUCACAGCCUGAAACGUAGUCCCGACUUUGGACGCAAUCUGCACAUGGAGUAUGGAUUCAAGCCACCUUUGGUGCCUUCGUUGGAGAUCGACGAUAAGGGCAUGCCGCUAAAGUCGGAUGCGGAAGUGCAAUAGUGCCGGAGUGCAGAUUGCAAAUAUUGAAAGAUGUGGAAAUGAAAAGCGUGCCAAAAUAUACA